CUGCGCAAGCAUGAGGCUCGCGGCGCUGAUCAGUGGUGGGAAGGACAGCUGUUAUAAUAUGAUGCAGUGCAUUGCAGCUGGGCAUCAGAUUGUUGCUUUAGCAAAUCUAAGACCAACUGAAAACCAUAUGGGGUCAGAUGAACUGGAUAGCUACAUGUAUCAGACAGUGGGUCAUCAUGCCAUUGACUUGUAUGCAGAAGCAAUGGAGCUUCCCCUCUAUCGACGCACCAUAAGGGGAAGGAGCGUGGAUACAGGACAAGUCUACACCAAGUGUGAAGGUGAUGAGGUUGAAGAUCUUUAUGAACUUCUGAAACUUGUUAAGGAGAAAGAAGAUAUUGAGGGAGUGUCAGUCGGGGCUAUACUUUCUGAUUAUCAACGUGUACGAGUAGAAAAUGUGUGUAAACGGCUUAAUCUACAGCCAUUAGCUUACCUUUGGCAGAGAAACCAAGAAGAUUUGCUUCGAGAAAUGAUAUCAUCUAACAUUCAAGCAAUCAUUAUCAAAGUAGCAGCUUUGGGUUUAGAUCCUGAUAAGCAUCUUGGAAAAACCCUAGAUCAAAUGGAGCCUUAUCUUUUAGAGCUUUCUAAGAAGUACGGAGUCCAUGUUUGUGGGGAAGGUGGAGAGUAUGAGACAUUCACUUUGGAUUGCCCUCUAUUUAAGAAGAAAAUAAUUGUGGAUUCAUCUGAAGUUGUUAUGCAUUCAGCUGAUGCAUUUGCACCUGUGGCAUAUCUACGCUUUUUAGAUUUGCAUUUGGAAGAAAAGGUGUCCUCAGUGCCUGACAACUGCAGAACAUCUAAUUAUAUACAUAAUUCUUGAAAAGCCACUUUGAAUAUUUUUACUAUGCUAUCAUUUAUGUAUAAGACAAAUUACAUAAUGUUUUCUGAAUAUUAUGGCCAGUUUUUUUGUCUAAACUUUUAACUCAUAUAUAUAUAUGGACAUAUAUAUGUAUGUAUAAACUUAUAAUAUCAGUACACCACUUGCUUUGCAUGUGACCAACCCAGGUUCCAUCCCUGGCACUAUAUGUAUAUGCUUUGCUCAUUAGUAUUACAAGAACUGUAUUCUUUCUCUGACUUCUGUUAAGACACCAUGUCUGCGGCAUCUCUGUGCUAUGCCCUUUGCUUCCCUUUUUGCUUUAUCGCUAACUCUUAUUACUGUAUGGUUCCUUUGCUUUCAUCACACUCAUUAGUGUUUUACCUUGUCUCCUUUCUGUUGUCAUCUCUGCCAGUAAUAUAUGCAAAGAUGCUGGAAUUGGGGAUGAAAUGGCAAUCACUUAAUUUGUCCCCAAUUUAAUGUAUAAAACUGGAUGUCAUCAGGUUAUUUAUUUUUGCUUUGAAUAAACUGUUUCAACAUUAUUGGAUGGUCAGGAAAAUUAUAGUUAACUCUUGCUGAUUAUUUUAUGACUGAUUAAAAUUCCAUCUUUAGAAUUACUUGUACUGACAUUAGACAGCCUUAUUUUAAAUAGGCUUUAUUUUUUAAUGUAGAUUGGGGUUCACAACAGAUUUGAGCAGAGUUCUCAUAAAUCCUAUCCCACAUAUACACAAACUCCCUCACUAUCAACAUCUAGCACCAGAGUUAUACAUUGCUUGCAGCCAGCGAAUUUACAUGGACACAUCAUAAGCUUUCAGAGUGCAUCAUGUAUAUUACUGUUACUUAUUUUCCUUCUUCUGUAUUGCUUGAGGUGGAGGUGCGACGGGUGGGAAGAGGGGUUGGAAUGUGUCUGGCAAUGAUGCAGUGCCAGGGAUUAAAUCCAGUUCAGUUGCAUGCAAGGGAAGUACUUAACCCCUGUAUUAUCUCUCUAGCCCACUGCUAUUCAUUCUUGAUGGGGUUUUUAGUUUGUUUGGGAGUUUUGUGGUUUUAUUUUGUUUUGGGACCACACUUGGCAAUGCUCAGGACUUCCUCCUGACUUUGCGCUCAGGAACUACUCCUGGCAUUGCCCAGGGAACCAUAUGGGAUGCCAGGGAUUGAACCCAGGUCUGCUGUGUGCAAGGCAAGUGCUCUAACUGCUGUACUGUCACUCUAGCCCACUCAUUUUUGAUAUUGUAUAUUGUUUUGGGUAUCAUUGUAUCACUGUCAUCCUGUUGCUCAUCGAUUUGCUCGAGUGGGCACCAGUAAUGUCUUUAUUGUGAGACUUGUUGUUACUGUUUUUGGCAUAUUGAAUACGCCACAGGUAGCUUGCCAGGCUCUGCCGUGUGGGAGGGAUACUCUCGGUAGCUUGCCAGGCUCUCUGAGAGGGACAGAGGAAUCGAACAUGGGUCAGCCGCAUGCAAGGCAAACACCCUACCCUCUGUGCUAUCACUCCCAUCCAUUGUUUUGUGUAUCCACUAUUAUAGUAUCAUAAAAAUCUUACCUGCUACCUCUGCUCACCAUUUCUUUUCAAUUCCUGGAAACCACUAAUCUUUAUGUCUUCAUACUUCUGGCUUUUCCAGGAUGCUAUUUAUUUGAAAUCAUAUGGUACACAGACUUUUUUUCUUUCUUUUUGGGUCACACCCAGCGAUGCACAGGGGUUACUUCUAGCUUUACACUCAGGAAUUACUCCUGGCAGUGCUGAGGGAACCAUAUGGGAUGCUGGGAAUUGAACCCGGGUCGGCUGCGUGCAAGGCAAAUGCCCUACCCGCUAUGCUAUUGCUCCAGCCCCAACACAGACUUUUUUUUUUAACUAUCUCUGGUUCUUCUGUUUGUUCCUGAGUUUUUAAGUGAUGAAUUAAUUGUCCCAUUGUUCAGAUGUCCCACAAUUCAUUUACCCAUUCACCUACCAAGAUAUAUCCUGUUGCUUUAUAGUUUUGGAAAUUAUGAAUAAAGCUGCUUUAAACAUCAGAUAUAAGGUCUGCUAUUUCAUCCUUUUUGGGUAAAUACCAAGGAGUAUUACUGUUGAACUUUAUGGUAGGUAAGUUUGUUUCAUUUGGGAGCUGGAAAUAUAGUACAGCAGGUAGGGCAUUUGCCUUGCACAUGGCCAAUCUCCAGCACCCCAUAUGGCACCCCCAAGCAUCACAAGAUGUGGUCCAAAAAAAGUUUGUUUUUUUUUAUAAAAAGUCACCAAGUCCCAAGUACCAUGUUGAGUGAAAUGAGUCAGAAGGAGAGGGACAGAUAUAGAAUGACUGCAUUCAUUUUGUGGUAUAUUUUAUAUAUAUAUAUGUGUGUAUGUAUAUAUAUGUGUGUGUACAUAUAUAUAUAUAUAUGAAUGAAGAAGAACUGUUCCUUGGAACAUACAAUAACAGGCAUUGGUGGCGUCAGUGUCCUUGUCAACACAAACUUGGCCAUGCGCACUGAUUCAUUCAAAUGCCUAACAAUCCGAGUCGGACGAUUACACUUGAAUUGAUGUGGCUCACUGCCAGCAGUUUCUAUCUUCGUUGUCUAUGCACCAACAUCCAACUACGAUGAAGAAGAAAUUGAGAAGCUCUACUUGGAGCUGGAGAAGUUCUAUAAAGAAGAACACACCUUCUAUAAGAACAUUGUCGAUGAUUUUAAUGCCAAGAGAGGACUGAGAAAGUCACCCCAAGAACUCCACAUUGGGACCCAUGGCUUAGAAUGGAAUGAACAGAAUGAGAGACUGUCUGAGUUCAUCAUGUCGACCAAGACUAUCCAUGGUAACUUGGCCAGUUCCAGAAGGCCAAACCUAAAUGUUGGACAUUGUCUCCCAGUGGACAGUUCCACAACGAAAUUGACCACAUCAUAUUCAAUCGAAGGUUUUGCCUGACCAAUGUCGCUGUUGUCCCAAAAUUCCAGACGGGAUCAGACCACCGUCUCCUUCAUGCAAAAUUCUACUUUACAGAGUGGGGAGGAGGGUCUGCAAAGUUUAAGUUUAAGAAGAGAACUCCCAGAGUGACCACCAACUGGGAGCUCUUUGGCACUAUUGCGGCAGUGUGGGAAGAUACCGUUGUUGACAACAUCGACAAGGAAUACGAUCGACUGGUUCAGCACCCUCAUGACUGCACGAGGAAUGCCAAGAAUGGGAAAGCCACAAAUAGAUGCCUGUCUUCAGAAACUCUAGAGCUCAUUCGCCAGCGUGGUUUGGCAUGAGCCUCAGGCAACCAAAAGCUAAUGUCUGAGCUUGCAAAACUGUGCAGAGAAGCGAUAAAGGAAGACCUCAAAGAGAGAAGAGCAGCAGUGUUGGCCAAUGCAGCAGAAGCUGGGAAAAGUAUUCGCAACACUCGCCUGUCCUUCGCCAACUACAAGACCAAAAUGACUGCCCUCCGACAUCCUGAUGGAUCUAUCACAUCUUUCAGAAGGGCAAUGGAGAGGAUUAUUCACAACUUCUACUCAGGUCUCUUCAACAGCCACAUCCACCUGCCCACAUACCAAAUUCUGCAAAAUGGAUAUGUCGUUCCCAACAUCCUUCCUUCCAAAAUCCCACACACCAUUUCGUCGGUAAAGACGCAUACAGCACCCAGUCCAGACAAGGUCAGACCCAAACACCUGAAGCAUCUGUCACCAGUACUCAUCAAUACACUGGUUCAGCUCUUCACACGCUACCUGACCGUAUGCAAGGUUCUGUCCCAAUGGAAAACCAGCAGGACCGUUCUGUUGCACAAGAAAGGUCCAUGACAUCGGCAACUAUCACCCAAUCUGUCCUUUAUCCGUCGUCUACAAGUUGUUCACUCGAGUCAUCCUGAAUAGAAUAGGCAGAACACUAGAUGAAGGACAACUAUGGGAGCAAGUCGGGUUCCGAAAAGGAUUCAGCACAUUCAAUCAUAUCCACACAGUGACCAAGCUCAUUGAAGUUUCGAGAGAAUUCAAGAUUCGGCUCUGUCUAACGUUCAUUGAUUUAAAUAAGGCCUUUGAUUCUGUUGAGACUGAAAUGGUCAUCAAAGCCCUAGCCAAACAGGGCAUUCAAACUCAGUACAUCAAGAUCCUCCACAAGUUGUAUUACAGAUUCACCACCAGCAUUUUGUUGACUAUAAUGUUUUUUAUCUCUCCAUAUAAAUAUUAGGAUUGGAGAUUUUAUCAGAGAUUCUAAUGAUUUGAUCAAUAUAUAGAGCAAGUUCAAAAGAUCUGACUUUUUGACAAUAUUGAGACAUUUUACUCAUGGUAAUGGAAAAUCUAUUUCAUUUCACUUGCAUUUUUGCCUGAGUUUUGGUUAGACUUUUUUAAAAAUCUUUUUUGCUAUAAUUAAUAAUGUUAAGUGUUGCAUAAUCUCAAUCUUCUUUUUCUAGCAGGUUUUAGGUGGCAUUCUGAAUUCAUAUGAGAGGUCCUUUCUCAGACAUGUAAUCGCAUCCCAGUGAUUUGAGUAAAACUUUGGCCAAGUCACCAGCUUUACACUUCAGCUGCCCCAGAUAGCAGAGAGAAGCAUUUUUCUAGAGGGAACAUAAAAUAUUAUUGCCAAAAGAUAGACAAAAGUUAGAAGGCAAAAAUUAUGCAUAUUCUUCCAUUUUCUAUCAAAAUUGCAUUGCCAUUUCAAACUCACAUUAACAACUCUUCACCUCAAAAAUUAGUGAUACCUAAAAUGCAGUACCUUGUAUUCAAAACUCUCUAAAACUCUGUAUCCCCAAAUUCCCUGCAGUUUCCUGUCACUCCAUCUAUCAAAGAUUUGUAACCUAUCAUGAUUUCAGUUACUUGCUGAACUGUGACUUAUUUUUUUCUGAGUCAUCAUUAUCCUAAUCCUUUUCAAGGAUAAGACUGGCUACUAUCUCCCUGGUAAAUUUCCUUAUGGCUUUGGUCACUAUUACUCUGACAUGUCUUCUACUUAAGAUUUCCUGAUUUCCUCAAUAGCUUCUCAACAUUUUACCUUCAACAUAUACGUAUAUCUAAAGUUCCUUUUAUGGCUCCUUUUAAAAUGUAUGAUUUUUUAUUUGUUUUUUUUCCUAAAUGCUAGCUUGUCACUCUAUACAGAUGAUUCUUUAUUUAAUAAUUGUCUUAUCUUUCAAUAAAUAUGUUUUUUCUUAAGUCCAGAUCCUUAUUUCUAAAGAACUGAUGAAUAUGACUCCCAAUGUGUAACAGAUCAUAGGGUACAAACAUUGAACUCAUGUUCCCCUCCAAAAAUACCUUUUCCCUUUUGUAUUAUUUAAUAUCAUUGAUUUCCCCUAGUGUCCCAGUGCAAAAUAGUGUCAUUUAUCUCUUACAUCUUUCUCUCAUUAUCAUAAAAAUGUAAUUGAUGAUUUCAUCUUUUAUGUGCUAGUUCUAAUGUCUCUUUACCACUUUAUCUCCAUUCCUAUCUUACUUAAAAUUGUAUCUUCAAUUUAAGAUGCAAUUUCUUUUAAGUGAACUUUUUGCUUUCGUUCUUCCCACAUUCCAUCUAGUCUACUGUCAUAUUAUUUUCCUUUCUAAGUUUUGAAUUUUUUUGCCCCGCAAUCCCAAAUUGUGCUACAUUGUUUUCUAAAUAAACAAAAUGCUUGGUCAUGAGUAGAAAACAGGUUGCAAUAGUGCCCUUUUUCAUUAGUGUCCCCUGAAAUCUCAUGCAUGUGUCCUUCAUCCCAGUAAUACAGAACCAUAGGAUGUUACCUUAUUAUGACUUCUGAUUCUCUCCUCCCUAGCCUUUGCUUAUUCUCUUAUCUGUAUUCCUCUCUUCACUUUCUUCUUUAACUACCUCCAUCCUAUAACCAUGAUGCAGGAUUGAACUCAGAUACUCUUAACUAACUUAUCCACAUCAAAUGAACUGCCUUAUCCUUUUGAUUCUUCAUUUAUUGUAACAAAUAAUAGAUUCAGCUUUCCUUCCACCUCUGUCUCUGUUCUCAGGGGGCUCUGCCUGCUUGGGGUCCAUAAAUAAUACUGGAAUUCAAACCAUAGCAGCAUGUAGAGCAAGUGCGUGAACCUCUGUACUAUCUAUCCAGUCCCCAGAAUUGUUUUGUUGUUGUUGCUGUUGUUAUAGCUGUUAAAGGACUUUUAUUUACAUGUAGUCGUAAUUUUCAUGUGACAAUUUUUUUAUUAUUUUCAUAUUCUUUGUAAGAUAUAUUAAUUCAGUGGCUUUUAAUUUAAUGGAUCAUGUAUUAUUUUAAACAUUUUUAUUAUAAUUUUUUUUUUUUUUUUGCUUUUUGGGUCACACCCGGCGAUGCACAGGGGUUACUCCUGGUUCUACACUCAGGAAUUACUCCUGGCGGUGCUCAGGGGACCAUAUGGGAUGCUGGGAUUCGAACCUGGGUCGGCCGCGUGCAAGGCAAACGCCCUACCCGCUGUGCUAUCGCUCCAGCCCCUUUUAUUAUAAAUUUUAUAUGGACCUGUGAUUCAGUGAUAGACUACAUGCCUUACAUGUGUGAGGCCUUGAGUUUUUCGCCCCGUACUGCACAAUCAAAAAUUUCAUAGCCAUAAGCUUCCCUUUCAUGUUAUAUACCAUUUAAUGAAAGUUACUUUCUUGUUUAUCCAUUUUUCUUUGGCUUGUUAGAGGGGAAAAAAAUGCUCUAAGCUAACUUUUAUGUAAAAAUGCAAUUUUUAGAAGUCGUUAGUGUAAAUUUUAAGUUACACAAGAUUUUCAGGUUAUACAAAUGACCCUUAAACUUUUCUAAUGAAUAAUUAAUAUAUUCAAAUUUUACCUUUGAGUUAAAAUCUUAAAUUAUUAAUGUGAGUAUAAAAAUUAUAUCAACUAAACAUGGAAUUCCAAACAAAAUAACUGAAUAAUGGAAAGCUCCAGGUUAAAAAUGGGGAAAUAUAUUAAAAUUUCGUCUGGGGCCCUGACUUUAUUGCUUACGGCAAACUUGAUGCUAAAAUGUACCAUAUAUCACCACAAUGACGGUCUUGAGAAAAUGAAAAAUACAAAGCUUUACAUAAAUCAACCAAAAGAUCAUAUUAAAAUGCAUAACCUUUAACAGAAGAAUCAAGACUUUUACUUUUAACUAUUCAGAAGCUUUUUCUUCCUUAGGAAGUUGUUUUAUAUUUUUCAGCCAGCAUUAUGAGAAAUAAUAUUUCAAAUUAAUUGCAGCAUAGCCAUUACAUUUAUAAAGUUAAAUUUCACAGAAAGUUGUCCCCAACUUUACUAAUACAUGCUACUAUCACUUAAUACUUAAUUUUAUUUUUUGUUUAAAUAAUCUCAUGGGACAGCUAUAUAUGUCUUAAAAUUGUGAAAGUUCACAUUCCUAAAGUUGUAAUGUUUAUUCACACCAUAGGCUCAAAAUCCAUUCUUCUCUCUCUCAUUGUAUUUUGCUUUAAAUUAAUAUUAUUAAAUCUCUUGAAAUAAAUUGUGAUUUUGUACUA